AUGGCGCCUUAUAAGGAGGCAAAACUUAUUGAUUUCCACAGUUCCCCUCCUCACCUGCAGUUCAACAAGUAUGUCUUGAGUGGAUACCGUCCAGUGUCCACCUCCAGAGGAUGCCUUCAGAGUCUCUUCUACCUGCACAAUGAAUCUGGGAACAUCUACACACACGGUAUCCCAUUCGUGUGCUUCCUGCUGCUCUUGCCCCUGAGCAUCCCCUGGUCAGAGGUAGAUGAAUGGUGGCUCUGUUUAGUCCACUACCUGGCCUGCCUCUCACCCACUGUGGGCUCCGUCUUCUACCACAUCUUCAUGAACCACGAAGGAGGUGUCCGCAUCUACGAUGCCCUGCUCUCCUUCGACAUGCUUGGUGUCUGCCUUGUCAACACACUGGGUGCUCUGCCGAUAGUUCACAUUACACUACUCUGCAGCCCGUCUUCCAGGAGGGCCGCCAUGCUGGCUUAUCUCCUCCUCUCCUGCCACGGUAUCCACUGUGCCGUAACGGCAAGGAGUAAUGUCCGGCGAUUGCGCUCCUUCGCAUGGCAGGCCCUGUUCCGCUUUUUCCUCUUCAUCCUGCGCUGGACUGGUCGAGGGACAGGAAGCCCUGACUCACUCCGUCUCUACCUGACCAUGGAUUCACUGGCACUGCUUGGAGGACUCGUGAACAUCUCUCGUGUGCCAGAGCGCUUCAGUCCGGGCCGCUUUGACUACUGGCUCAACAGCCAUCAGAUUAUGCAUGUGAUGGUGGUCUUGUCCAUCAUGUAUUUGCACUGGGGGAUGAUGGAGGACUUGGCCUGGUUAAGGCAGUACCAGUGUCCUGCGGAAUAA